AUGACUCGGCUGACUUUUAUCGAUAUCGGCCGAUACUUUGAAUCAUGCCUUAGAGUCAAGUGGCUUGGAGCUGGGAACUACCGAGGUGGAUGUUGGGGAGAGGGGUGUCGGGCCUUAAGGUGGGGAGUGGGUGAGAAGAGGGGGAAGAAAGUUGGAGCAGAAAUGUUUGGUUAUAGUAUUCACUUUGUUCAAAUGGGGUAUAAAGGGUAUUUGGAUGCAGGACUGUUUGGAGGAAUGUAUAAGUUUAAGGGUAGAAUAUGGAAAAAGGCAUUCGUUUAUGUUGGUGACGAUGGAAUCUGCCAGAGGUGCCCUGUAUUUUUUGAAACUACGAGGAAAAAUGAACACCCAAAGAAAGCCCCACCAAGCUUUUAUCAAGUUACAAAUAACUCAAAGGAGAGGCCAGAUGUUUGGGUCGAUAGCCCCGAAAAAUCAAUUAUACUUUCUAUUACCAGUGAUAUUCGAACGAUAAGUUCCGAGGUCUUUGCUGCACCAUACAGCUUAAGAUUUCCACGUAUUGAUAGAGUGAGAUAUGACAAACCUUGGCAUGAAUGCCUCGAUGUGCAAUCUUUUGUAGAAUUGGUACACUCAAGCAACGGUACCACACAGAGAGGGGCAGACUAUGGAGUUACCGAUGUUUCUCAUGUCAAAGGCGAAACAUUGAUAUUUUCAAACAUGAUGUUCUACUUUGUUAAUCUUCCUCCAGGUCAUUCGCUAGAUUCCUUACACAAAAUGGUGGUUGAGAAUGGGGGAACUUUCUCGAUGAAUCUAAAUAACUCUGUUUCUCAUUGUGUCACAGCUGAAAGCAAAGGGAUCAAGUUUGAGGCAGCCAAGUGUCGCGGAGAUAUCAUCCAUUACUCUUGGCUCUUUGAUUGUUGUUCACAAAAGAAGCUCCUACCUUUACAGCCGAAGUAUUUUGUGUUCCUUUCUGACUCUUCAAAGAAAAAGUUACAAGAAGAAAUUGAUGAAUUUUCGGACUCUUACUACUGUGAUCUUGACACCACAGACAUCAAACAGCUUUUAAGCAGCAUACGUAGAAUUGAAGACUCCAAGACUAUUGACUACUAUAAGCAGAAAUUCUGUCCAAAGGAUAAGUGGUCUCACUUUUAUGGUUGCUGCAUUUACUUCCACCUCUCAAAACCAUCUUGUUCUGAAUGGAAAGUUUUAUUGGAACUUGAGCUGACGAGGAUGAAACUUGAAAUCUCCAUGGGUGGUGGCAAAGUCAGUGACAAUCUUUCACGUGCUACGCAUUUAUUGGUCAUGUCUUUUCCUGGAUUUGAUGUGGAUUUCGAUGCAAUAUCGAAUAGUUUUUCUGCAGCAGAGAAGCAUCUUUUACUUAGCAGAAGGUUGCAUAUUGUUCGGUCUCAGUGGUUGGAAGAUAGCUUAGAGAAGGGCCAGAAGUUGCUGGAGGAGACAUAUAGUUUGAAGCCCAGUGGUUUAGGAGACUCUAUUGGAGAGUGCAAACGUGAUCUUGAUCUGGGCGAUAAUUCUAGCUUCGCCGAUGUAGAGAAACAGAUUAUGUCAACUGCUCGAGGAAAUCUGGGAAAAAGAAAAGCUAUCUUAGAUAAGCCAAGAAUCAUCAACUCACCCAUGACAGAUGGAAGAAGGAUAAGGGGAAGACCCCCUAGCUCGAAGAACGAGGACACGCAUUGGAACCAGCUUGCGAUAUUAUAUGAAAAUGAAUCAGAUACUAAUGCCUGUUCAGAUGAGAACGCUGUUAAAGAGUCUGAAAUGGGAGGAAGAAAUCAUGAAAGCCAUGGAAUGGCAGGCAAACCUUGCCCAGGAAUCCUAGAGGAUGAGAUGGUGGAAGAUUCUGAUAUAUCACAAAGAGGCAGGCAUGUUGGGCAAGAGAUUGCAGAUGAUAUUAAACGUGGAGAAUGCUUUGAUGAAGUUCACAGAAUUGGAUCAGGAGAUGGGAAUAUUGCCCAAUGCAGUGAGAAGCUUGGAAAGCUGGAAAUGAUGGUCGACCCAGUUCAUGCUGUGUAUUAG